CCCGGUGCAUGGCGCAGUUCGCGCUCGCUGCAAAAAAAGCGCAAAAAAAAGAAAAAAAGCAAGCAGCCGUAAAGCCCUCGUCCACGCCUCGGAUCAUGCAUCUCGCGCAGGUUUUGAUCGCUCUCAGCUUCUUGGUUGCCCUCGGUCCAAUGGUGGAGAGUGAGCUCGCGGCGACGCAGCAGCAGCAGCCGGCCGCGCGCACCGAGGAGGAGAGCGAGGCGCACUGCUCCACGUGCGAGUUCAGGCAGCACAGCAAGAUGAUGCGGCUCCACGCCAUCAAGUCCCAGAUCCUGAGCAAGCUGCGCCUCAAGCAGGCCCCCAAUAUCAGCCGAGACGUGGUCAAGCAACUGCUGCCCAAGGCGCCCCCUCUGCAACAGCUGCUGGACCAGUACGACGUGCUCGGGGACGACAGCAAGGACAGCGUGAUCGACGACGACGACGAUGACGACCACGCCACGACGGAGACCAUCAUGACUAUGGCUACGGAGCCCGACCCCAUCGUUCAAGUAGACCGAAAACCAAAAUGCUGUUUCUUCUCCUUCAGUCCGAAGAUCCAAGCGAAUCGCAUCGUGAGGGCGCAGCUGUGGGUGCAUUUGCGCGCGGCGGAGGAAGCCACCACCGUCUUCCUGCAGAUCUCACGCCUGAUGCCCGUCACAGAUGGAAGGAGGCACAUAAGAAUAAGGUCACUGAAGAUUGAUGUGAACGCUGGGGUCACGUCUUGGCAGAGCAUUGAUGUAAAGCAGGUGCUCACCGUGUGGCUGAGGCAGCCCGAGACAAACUCGGGGAUCGAGAUAAAUGCCUACGACACGAAAGGGAACGAUUUGGCUGUUACCUCAGCCGAGGUGGGCGAAGAGGGCCUGUUACCCUUCAUGGAAGUCAAAAUCUCAGAGGGUCCCAAGCGAUCCAGGAGAGAGUCAGGACUGGACUGUGACGAGAAUUCGUCGGAGUCCCGCUGUUGCCGGUAUCCCCUCACCGUGGACUUUGAAGACUUCGGCUGGGACUGGAUUAUUGCUCCGAAACGCUACAAGGCCAAUUACUGCUCGGGGGAGUGUGACUACAUGCACCUGCAGAAGUACCCGCACACCCACCUGGUGAACAAGGCCAACCCCCGCGGCACCGCCGGCCCAUGCUGCACCCCCACCAAGAUGUCCCCCAUCAACAUGCUUUACUUCAAUGGCAAAGAGCAGAUCAUCUACGGCAAGAUCCCCUCCAUGGUGGUGGACCGCUGCGGCUGCUCGUGAGGCCGCCCCCAGGCAGGACUCGAUCCGUCUCAAAACCCCCGUUCCCCCCGGACGUCCCACCACAACACCCAUCAACCGUUAUCAGUGCUUUCCGCGAAAGAAAAAGAACACUGUGCAAUAGAACCAGAGUAGCAGCAAGGAUGCUCAUCCGUUCACAGAGCACCGCUUCACUUUCACUGACUUCUUUUCAUUCUUCUUUACCCUAAAUCUUUAUAUCUCGGCCACAGGGGUCAGAGGUUACAUGGAUGUACUGGAGGAAUGUCAUGCUGGUUGGACUUGGGAAUGGACAGCAAGCUUAAAUUACGGCAUUCUCUGACAAGCAUUCAUCUGUUUGAUGUUAUGAAUUCAACUGUCAUUUAUACACUCCCUGUCUCGCUCUCUUUCUCUCUCUCUCUCUCUCUCUCUCUCUAUCUCUCUCUCGCUCUCAGUACAGUCAUCGAAGCAAACAAAUGUCAUAUUACACAAACGCUCUCCACAAUAUCCAUUUAGUUCUCUUCUUGCUACAACAGCUGUGCAACAAUAUCAGUGAGCUUGUUUAAGUAAAGUAUCCAAGAGCAACAGAGAGGGACUCAAGGACACUUAACACAAAAAAAAUGAAGCUUGAAAACCUGUCGGAAGAGUUAGGCAACCUGAAACAAGCCUUCAUGUACCAUAAAACACAGAACACACUGCGCAAUCUGAUAUAAUUGUUAACUGUGUAACUCUUUUCAUUAUUCAGCUGUUCGAAAUGCCCUAUACACUUGAACUGUUAUUGAAAAUCAGUAUUACUGGACAGGAGGACUUGAACCAGUGGCACUUUGAAUGCAGUCUAUAUGUUGAAAUGUGUUAAAGACAGAGAACUUUUGAAAAUAAGUAUGAAUGUUAAUACCGCGUCACUUAACUCUCUGUCUUCAAACCACACAGUUUGCACUAUGGCAGACCAAUAGAAAGAAUUGGUUGCUAAAAAAAAUGUUGUAAAAACUGAUUUUGAUAUGUUUGCUAAUUGCAUUGUAUACUUGCCAUUGUUUCCAUUAACAGUUGCCUUUUUUAACCUCUGUUAGUUUGUGUAUAAUACAGCACAUUAGCGAAAAAAUGUACAAUAUCAAAUCUAUGUAUCUGU